CUCUCUCUCUCUCUCUCUCUCUCUCCAAAAUCAAAUCAAACCGGAGCCAAAUCAAAGCAGCUCUUCCCGGAACACCGGCCAGGAUCCCCUCCCCGCCGGAUCCGCCCCCGUCCCCGCCUCCGCCUCCGCCCGCGGUUCGAUCCGGCGCGGCCGCCUCCCGGCCUGCAUUCGGGGCGCUCCGGUCGCCGGCGCCGAGUCCUCCCCUCUUCGGAGAUUCCAACUGUAGCAGUGCGUCCUGUGUCUUCCGGUUAGGUAGAUGAGCCCGAGAAGAUGGUUUGCAUUAUCACAUAAAUAUGAACUCAGUGUUGCAGUUUGAAGCAUAAUUUGGGAGGAUCUGAAUAAGGAAGCACAUAAGGUCGACCUGUUCUUGAUGGAUAAAAUACCUUCCGAUUGCCCUUAUCCUGGAUGUUUCUUCUGUGUUAUGAAGGAAGCAAACCCUAGCAAACGAAGAGCAAGUGUGCUGAAAUUCUUUAGAGAACUUCCUUCCCAAGAUGAUGAUGGCCAAGUUCUCCCUAUUAGUGGCCUUUGGAACACUGCCAUGGCACACCCAAAUGACCCUGAAUUCAUCAACUUGGGGAUAUUUGAGUGCAUGGCAGCUCUAAUAUGGAAGGGCCUGAAAAACAGGCGUUGGCUUUCACAUGAUCAGAAUAUUUACAUCCCAUAUUAUGCAGCACAUGUUAUUGGAUCAUAUACGAUGAAUAUGGAGGAGUUUGCAGAACGUGCUGUUCGUGCCGGAGUAAUACCUCCAUUAGUUGAACUCUUAAGAGGUAGGCUGACCUGGGUGGAGCAAAGAGUUGCUGUCAGAGCUUUGGGGCAUUUGGCUACAUACCCUAGUACAUUCCCUGCUGUUGCUGAUCAUGGAGAAGUGCUUGAACUUGCAAUUCAACUUGCCUCAAGCUCUCUAGAAAUUGUGUACUCUCACUUUUACCAAUUCGUAGAUCGAAGGCUUGGUUACCACUGUGAUCUUCUUACACGUGGUAUGGGUGGUGCUGAAAUGGAAUCUCGUAAAGCUGAGGAAUGGGCUAGCCAACUGCAGUGCUGGUCUUUGCAGCUCAUAAACUGCUUUGCAUUUAAGCCUGAGUUUCUCCAUGAUAUCUGCAAGCCUGAAUUUCUAGCUAAGUUACCUGGUAUGUGGGGUGGGCUUGUGAAUGAGAACUCACCUGCUGGUGUUGGUUUACUAAGAACAAUCUGCCAGAGCAAGCUUGGACGAGGUCAUGUUGCUAAUAUUUCUGGUGUCAUCGAAGCUUUAUGCAACAUUGCUCGUUCUUCAGAUGACUGGCAAUACAUGGCCAUUGAUUGUCUACUCUGGUUAGUGCAGGAUCCUAGUACAUAUCAUAAGGUUAUAGAUAAAAUCGCCCCGACACUGAUAGAUUUAGCGGAUAUUUCCACACUCGGUGAUUACAAAAGGCUGGGUGACACUAUUGUCACAGUCCUCCAAGAGUGUAUGCAACAAAAUGGGAACUCACGGAACUCAAUUAGUAGUCACACCAAAGAAGAAAUUGAUGAACUGUUGAGUUUCAAGCAGAAACUGAAAUCGGAAAAGAAUAUGCCAAAGGAAGAUCUUCAUAUAAAACAAGCUGCAGCAUUAGUUGUAAAAUUGGAAGGUAAUUCUCUGUUCUCUUCAGGAAAUAUUGAAGGAGCUGCAGCGAAGUACUCUGAAGCACUCGCAUUGUGUCCAAUGAAGUCCAAGAAAGAAAGAGUGGUGCUUCAUAGCAACCGAGCUCAAUGUUAUCUUCUCCUGCAGCAACCUUUAGCUGCCAUCAGUGAUGCUACCCGUGCAUUGUGCCUUCAUAGUCCGUUGAAUCGACAUGCCAAAAGUUUGUGGAGAAGAGCUCAAGCAUAUGAUAUGCUUGGUUUAGCAAAAGAGAGCCUGCUGGAUGCAAUUCUGUUUAUAAAUGAAUGCUCUCAGUCCAGUGAUCCUGAUCUAUCCUUGAGGCAAAACAAGGUUCCUGAUUACGCUGAGCGAUUGGUAAAGAAGCAGAUGCGUGCUGCUUGGUUAUUCAGGGAAUCAUCCCUAAAACAUGGUGGAAUCCAUUGUGAGGGAGAUGCUAGUGAUGCAUUUCGGCAAGAGGCUGAUGACUCUGAGUGGGAGACAGUGAGUGAAAGCGAUGGUGAGGAUGAUGAAAGGAGGGGAGCAGAUGAUGAAACUGAAUGGAAGAGUGGUGGUCACAGGGAAGAUGCGUACGAGAAAAGCUGAGAAACAGGUUUUGGUGUCAUUAAUCGUUAUUUGGUAAGCUUGCUCUCAUUGUGCUUGUGUCGGAAGCGGCAACAACAACAGAAGCAGCCGCUUGCCUGCUGCUCUAUCAAAGCAAAAUUAAGUUGUGGAAACUAGAUGAGUCUGCUAUCGAGAGCUCAUAAAAAUGUAGCUUUCAAAGUAUGUCUGGUGUCACUGUAUUGUCAGCAUGGAGAGCAAGGCCAAAAUUUAGCCGUUGUCCUCGCCAUGUUCUUUGGUCUGUGUGAGUCGCUGUGACAGAUUCUUGAGAAUGUUGUCUUGCUCUUGAUUGGUGUUGUAAAUUGAACAGAACAGUACCUUAGUUCUAUCUUAAACAUCAUCGAUUUGUGAAUGAGCUUUACCUUGAAGACGCAAUGCAAGUGAUAUA